ACUCUAACCCAAAGAUCCGCUAUAGGAUCUUUGCUCUAACCAGCGGUGAGAGAGGAUGGCAGCCGCCGGCAGCCCGCGGCUCCUGGCGACCGUCGCCAUGGCGAUGGCAGCCCUGGUCAGCGCCUCCGCUCCCCUGUCGUCUCUCCGGGGUGGGGGCGGUCGCUCGGCGCAGCAGUUCGAUUACAAGACGCGGUACUUCGACCAGAAGAUUGAUCACUUCGGAUUUGUUGAAGAUUACACAUUCAAACAAAGAUACCUGAUAGCAGACAAAUAUUGGAAUAAAGAUGGAGGGCCCAUUCUUUUCUAUACAGGAAAUGAAGGAGACAUCGCAUGGUUCUGUAACAAUACGGGCUUUAUGUGGGACAUCUCUAAGGAACUGGGUGCCAUGUUGGUGUUUGCUGAACAUAGAUAUUAUGGAGAGUCUUUGCCUUUUGGGAAGAAGACGUUCAGUAACCGCAAUAACUUAAACUACUUCACCUCAGAACAAGCUUUGGCUGACUUUGCAGUUCUUAUUAGAAAUCUCAAGGAGACCAUUCCUGGAGCUCAGAACAGUCCUGUUAUUGCAAUAGGAGGCUCCUAUGGAGGAAUGUUAGCAGCCUGGUUUAGGAUGAAGUAUCCGAAUAUUGUUGUUGGAGCUCUUGCUGCUUCUGCUCCAAUCUGGCUGUUUGAAGAUUUGACCCCAUGUGAAGCUUUCUCUAAUAUUGUAACCAAUGACUUCUUGAAGAGUGGGAAAGGCUGUGCUGAAAGCAUCAGACAUUCGUGGGAUGCAAUUAAUAACCUGUCAUCCAAAGCAGAAGACUUGAAAUUUCUUUCUAGUAUUUUUCAUCUCUGUUCACCAUUGCAAGCAUCUGAUGUAUUAAUCUUCAAAUCAUGGCUGGUUAACACUUGGGUUAAUUUAGCUAUGGUGGACUAUCCUUAUGAAGCCAACUUUUUACAGCCUCUUCCUGCCUGGCCUAUUAAGGUUGUUUGCAACUUUCUUAGAGACCCGUUACUACCAGCAAAGUCAUUGCUCCAAAAUAUCUAUCAGGCUGUAAAUGUAUAUUGUAACUACACUGGUAAAGUAGCGUGCUUGAAUAUAUCUGAGACUUCAACUUCUAAUCUCGACGAUCAAGGCUGGUAUUACCAGACUUGUACAGAAAUGGUGAUGCCUUCAUGUACAAAUGGUGUAAAUGAUAUGUUUGAACCAAUGACAUGGAAUCUCCAAGUGUUUUCUGACAACUGCAAAAAGGACUGGGGAUUGCGCCCAAGACCCCACUGGAUGACCACGGUUUAUGGCGGGAAAAGUAUCAGUUCACACAGCAAUAUUAUCUUCAGCAAUGGUGGUUUGGAUCCUUGGUCUAGUGGAGGAGUGACCAAAUCAAUCUCUGACACCUUGGUUGCUAUUUUUAUUCCUGAAGGAGCUCAUCAUUUGGAUCUGCGUUCCAGUAAUAAACACGACCCUCCCUCUGUUCGAAAGGCACGUGCUCUAGAAGUUCAGUAUUUCAAAAAGUGGAUUAAAGCAGCAAAAACUGAAUCGGGUGAAAUGUACAAUUCUUCUAAUCACUAAACUAUGUAAACUUGGGUAAACAGUUCCCAGAUUUUACCGAUUUCUCAACUUUAUUUUCUAUGGUUCGUUUCUGCAGUUUACAACAUUAACAACAAAUGUCCUGCUUUCUAUAUUUUGUACUUGAGACUCUGACUGGGUGAUGAGUCAUUUUAUCCAAAAACCAAAAGAAGUAUGUAUCUUGUGUUUUAUCUAAAUCAGGCAUUGUUAAUCUGUUACCUUUAUGUACUAUACCCAGUAAAAUUGUUUACAUUGCUGUGUAUUAAUUUACUACUUUGAAUUGUGGUUUGCUGGUCAGAUCUUCCUGAUUAAAAAGUAGGUUUUAUUUCACAA